GACAGAGAUUAUAUAUUAUUUUCCAUUAAUCAUCUAGUAUCCAGAUGCAUCAAAUAAAUAAGAAUUUAUACUAACAUGAACUGACUAUGUCAACAACUGAAACCUUUUUCUUUUGUUUCGUUUGAGGUGUAUGCCUAUGCGCAUUGUACCAUGUGGCACGUAUGAGUUUUAAACUGUGCAUUAAUGUGCCUCUUUCUUUGUGGUGUUUCUGAACGAUCCUUCAUUUUUCUUCUGCAUCUGAUUGUUAAUACUGUUUUGGUACAUGACAUUGUUAAUAUCAUGUGUGAUAAUAAUGAUACUAGAGCUUUUUCACUUAGGCAAGUCAGUGCAUAUGGUUACAGAACUUUCCAAUUAGUAAUUUUAUUAUAUACAUAUAUGCCAAACCUUUAUUUGUAUACUUUAGUGCAUAAUGAUAAAGUACUGCUUAUGUAUCAGUAGUGCAACUAAAGAUUUUAGGUUUAUUAUUUAUUUGCUGGCAUGCUCUUGGGGUCAAUAACUACAAAUUGCAUACAGCCUUUAAUUUUCUAUGCUUCUUGCACAGAUUCUAUGUAAAAGGUGUGAGUUGGAAUUACUUUUGUCGUAUUUCCCCUCCUUUUCUUUUCUUGUCUUUUUAGUGAGGUUGGCAAUGUGUUUUGCUCUGGGGUUUUAACUAUAUGUUAAGAUCUAGGGUCACCUAUAUUGUAUUAGUUUGAAUGCAAAAGACAAAAGAUUCACUGAUUUUGAGAUGAGUACUAUAUGAUUAACAUGAAAAUGGAAUGGUGAAAUUGCAUGCCGAUGGUCAAUAUUACAGUGGAGACAAGCAUUUAUGGGCUACUGUAAAUUUCUAUCUUGUAUUUAGGGUACAUUCUUCUCAGACCUCGUGCACAGAAUUUAUAGGUAAAGAUGCUGAGGUUCUAUACUGUCACACUGCAGCUUUGUUGAUUAUUGGCCUUUUGAUUUGGUGUUUGACUCUGAGAUGAAAUAGUAUUUUAAUCCUUGUCCUGUUUGUAAUGUCGGCACAUAUGUGUGUGCAAAGGCAUCUGCUAAAGGAAAACUUACUCGGGUUGUUUUUAUUAACCUUCUUUGAAUAAAUUCUCAGUUCAUUUUUAUUAGCAAUAUGUCCUCAUAAAAAUAUAGCAGAUAAAUUGUCUGACUGGCUGGUUUUCUUCAGUCCAAUAUUGGAGCAAGAAUUCAUGCAGCUGUCAACUUGGCAUGCCUGAUGCAAGAAUGGACGCUAAUUUAUAAGGAAUAGUGGCUGCUGGCUUUGUAGUGCAGGACUAAUGUGGAUGGCCCUGAGCACAAUUGUCUUUGUUAGUCCAUGGUAUCUUAUAAUUAUUUAUUUUCUUAAGACUUUUGACUGGUAACUAUUAAAUCAAAGCCAAUGAAGGUUUGAUAUUUUAAGUCUUUACAGUUAAUGAAAUAUUUAGUUAUACUUAUAACUGGCUCAACCCACCCAAACCCCUCCUGCCUCCAGAAUAGGACAGGUAGAGUGUCAAUGUAUCAAAACCUGACCCAUGUUUGACUUGUUGCCUUCAUAGCCUUUGACUUUUCUCAAAUUCAGAGUUCACCUUUUAUAAGUAAUCCGAGUAAAAUUUACAAAUUUAUCCAAACCCAAAAAAUUACAAUUUUUAUCUAAACCCUUCUUCAUUUCCGCAACCGCUUCCUGUUUCUGAGCUGCUUAGAUCAAAUUUUUUCACAAAAGGAUCAGAAAAGGCAGUGAAAUAAUGAAAUCUAAACAGUUUCAGCUCCCAAACAGCUUAUCAAGAGAUCUAAAAGAAAUAGCAAAAAUUAUCAAGAAGAAGAAAAGGUUUUAUGUCCGCACGCAUACUCUUUAUCAAAGAUCCUAGUAAUCCACUUUUUCUCCUUGUACAUCCCUCUCCAAGUUUUAGUUCAAAGAUCCACUCGCCUCCUUCUAUUGAUAUCAAGAUCACACCUAAGACACGGAUUAGAGAAGUUAACAUAAAAAGUUCAAUUGGUUGAACUAAACAGUCUAACAGAUGAAUAAGAAAAAACCUUACGCACUGGUUUUCUGAAAAACAGUUAGAAGAAGUGAUCUUUGGGACUUGAUUAAAAAUCUAACAGUAGUAACCAAAAAAGUGUUGAAAAAGUACUCCAAGCAUAAAAUGAAAGAUUUGCCAUGAGAUGGCUUUCGAGAGGAUAAGUUAAUUGAAGGCUCAAAAGAAAACAAAGGGAUAUAGGUAGAGAUGACAUUUGCCAAAGAUUUUGUGAGUUUUAUGAAGAAACUAAAAUGAGGGGCAAAUGAGUAGUCUAGCCACUUGAAUAUACAGCAUCUAUUGUGGCUUAGUACUUCAGUUGAUGUUAAAGAAAUGGAGAUGCCAGAUCUGUCAAAGUAUUAAAUUAGUCAAUCUAAGUCUUACUUUGGAAUAGUAUAGCAAUCAUGCACUUUUAAUAAAUAGCUUUAUAUCUCUAAUAGUGCGUUGAUUAAGAUAUGAAACCUAUGUGUUCCAUUCUGCAACACUUUUGCUCUCACUUGAGCUUUUACUAUUUUGGUUAGAUUUAAAUGUCAAUAAAUAUAUCUCUUUAAAUGCAUAUGUCUGCUAUCUUGUAUCAUGAAAUGGUGGAAUUUAACUCAAAUGUGGGUUUUUAGUGGGCAAACUUGUAUAAUAGUUGUAUUAAGUGUUGACUGAAAAUGUAUUCUCUCCCCAUAAAAGGAGCUGCUGUAAUCAGAAACUUGAGUGAGUUGGGGAUUUCUUUGUGUGAAGAAUAUGUUUCGGGAAAGAGGAAGAAAAAGAAAAUUGUGUUUUUUCUUGUUCUUAGUUUAUGCUUUUGUUGUAAUAAUUUUGUGUUUUCUCUCCUCUCUCCAUCUCCAACUAGUGUAUUAUAGUAUCUCUCCGAGGGCUGUCCAAGUCUAUAACGAGUCUUUCAUGCUUUGUUUCAGGUUUUGUUUUUCUGUUUUGAGUUUGAACAAAACCAGUUCCACCAGACAGCAUUUUAUAUGAACCAAAAGCCAACAGUUUUAGGUUUUGAGUUGUAUUUAAUCCAGAGUCUUGAGUUUCUGGAUUUGCUUCUUUUAUCAGUUUCUUGUUAUUACAGUGUUGCUGACUUCAUCUCCUAAAUUUCCUUUCCUCUAGGUUCCUAGUUGUUCGAGGCUCUAAAAUUUUGUUAUGUUUAUGAAUCAUUUUGAAGCUGAACUGAUCUGAUAAAAGUGCAUGCAAUGAGAAUGCUUGCAUGAUGACAGAAUUUAAUAGCUUUUAUUUUUUUUGAAAUUGCAUGAUGAAUCAUUUUGUUUGCUUUCUUUCUGCUUCAUUAUCUUCUGAUUGAUGCUUUUGUGACAACUCUUAUGAAUUUGGUUAAAUGCUGCUAAAAUUUAGAAUCUGUUAUGAAAGAUGGUUCUAAUUUUCAUUCAUGCCCAGCUUUGAUUGUUCAAAUUUUCAUUGAUGGCUAGUUUUGCCACCGAGUAAUUAUCUUCUUGUUGAAGUUUGGUAAUGCUCUAGAGCUUAUGUAAUAGUAGAGGGUGUGGGUGAAUUCUGUUCUGUUUUGAUUUUAUAGAAAUUUAGGAGCUCUUGCUUUGCUCUGUGCUAUUGCUUGAAGUUGGCCAUCAUUUUGGAGAUGAAUUUGAACUUAUGUUUUGACAGAAUAUGGCUUGUACCAAAAGACAAUUCUAUAGAUAUUUUGGUUUUGCAAUUCAGAAAGCUGAUAUAAAUUGAAUCAUAAGGCAUGGGAUGGUUUUCACUGAAUUUAGUUGCUGCCUGGAAAUGUUUACAGCUUCUUAUUUUUAAAUCUGCACAAUCCAGUAUGGGCAUGGUUCAACCUCCUUCAUUCCAGAAAAACCAAAGCUCUCUUGGCGCACCUGGGGCUAUCUUCUGGGACAUGGAAAAUUGCCCUGUUCCUCGUGGUGUUCUGGCACAAGAUGUAGCUCUUCAUACCAGAAAGGCUUUCGGGGUGUCUCCUAUUAAAAGAUUUACUGCAUUUGGGGAUUUAAAUGGCUUCUCCAUGAGAACCAAAGAAGAGUUACACAGAAGUGGUGUUGAAUUGAACUAUGUUCCAAGAGGUAGAAAGGAUGCUGCUGACAAAGCCAUUCUCUCCGGGGUGUACACUUUUGCCCUUGACAAUCCACCACCUGCUUGCAUCAUGCUGAUAUCUGGGGAUGCCGAUUUUGCUCAGGUCCUCAAUACAGUUAGUCAACGUGGAUAUUAUGUGUUCCUAGCUACACCUGCUGGGGUGAAUGUUUCAUCUGCUUUGAUUAAUGCCAGUGACUUGGUCUAUGACUGGCCUAGUGUGGCUUGCGGGAAGGUCGUUCUAUCCUUCUCAAGUGCUUUAAUGUGUCGUUAUCCAGCAGCAACGGACACUGUGGGGUGCUGCAGAGGCUACCUUGAUGGAGAGGGGACUGGAGAAACAAAUGCUAUCAAGGGGGAGGUGAAAAAGUUGGUUGAACUUUCAGGGGGAAGUUUACCUCUUGCAUAUCUUCCCGGUGACUACAAGAAGUACUAUGGACGUCCUCUGUAUGAGGCGGAAUCGGGGGAGGACGGGGGACUGAAGCUGCUGAGUCUUUUACAGAAAAUGAGUGAUGAAUUGGCAAUAGUUGACAAGGGCGGAAUGCAGUUUGUCUACCUUCGAAACUGGAAAGCAGAAACGUCUUGUGCGUUUAUCAUGUGAAGUGGUGAAUGAAUGGAGUCUUAAGAGUCCAGAGUGUAGAGUCCAACCCAUGGAAAGCAAAGCAGCCACCAAGUGCGCAUCGUUUAGGACAAAUAUAAUGGCAUUUUCUUGUACGUAGAGUGGCUUGGUUUGGCAAUGGCUAUGUGUUUUAGUUCUUGACUGAAAAAUUUAAAUAACUAAGAUCUUGAUUUACAAAGAAGCUCAUCAGCAGCUGUCUGCUUGUAUCUUAAUCCAAGAAUCUUUCUACAGAUUGGAGUAAGCCCAUCAGCUACGAGAAUCAAGCAGAAUCCAAAAAGUUUAGUUAAUCCUUUUCAUAAUAACAUAUUCAGAAAUUUAUAAUUAUCUUCAACCUGUGCUGGACAUUACAAUUACAAUUUCUAGUUUAUCAUAUAGAUUUAUUUAUUCUCCAUUCAAGAUUAGUAGGUUAACUUAUUUCAUUUUAUUA